ACUCACUUCCCAAAUAGUUGAAGCCACUGAAACAGAAAUACAACAAUGGCUUUUGCACUAAAAGAAAAAUUCCUUAUUGCAAUGGUGAUUCUAUUGGGGACUUUGGCAUCUGCCAUGCCCCGCAGAUUGGAUGAAACUGUUCUUUUCGAGAAAUACCAGCAAUGGAUGACUCGGCAUGGACGCACCUAUGAGAAGAAAGAAGAGGAGAAUUGGCGUUUCGAGAUAUUCAAAGACAACCUGGAAUUCGUAGAAAAAUUCAACAUGGGGAAUCAAACUUACAAGUUGAGCAUCAAUCAAUUUGCAGACCUAACUAAUGAAGAAUUCCGAGCUUCCUACGCUGGAUACAAGAUAUUAACUCGCAGAGUUCCACCCAAAUCCAAAAGGUUCAAAUAUGAAAACCAGACCGAUGUCCCAGCUAGCAUGGACUGGAGAAAGAAAGGGGCUGUCACCCAUAUUAAGGACCAAGGUUCUUGUAAAAGUUGCUGGGCAUUCUCAACCAUUACAGCUGUGGAAGGGAUCGCCAAGAUCAAAACCGGUCAGUUAAUCUCACUCUCUGCGCAACAACUAGUGGACUGCGUCAAAACCAAAGAUACUGACGGUUGCAGCGGUGGUUGGAUGGAUGAUGCGUUUGCAUACAUUGUAAAAAACCAAGGUCUUGCCAGCGAAACAAAAUACCCAUACACGAGUAAUGAUGGAACUUGCAGCCCCCGGAAAGCAGCUAUUAGAAUUGUGAAGAUAAAAGGCUAUGAAGAUGUACCUCCCAAAAAUGAAGAAGCACUUCGAAAGGCUGCAAGCCAGCAACCUGUCUCAGUAUCGCUUAAUGGUGGUGGACGUAACUUUCAGUUUUAUUCGGAAGGGGUUUUCACAGGACAUUGCGGGACCUCUUUAGAUCAUGCUGUUACCAUUGUUGGGUAUGGAACAAGUGAGGAUGGCGUCAAAUACUGGUUAAUCAAGAACUCAUGGGGCAAAUCUUGGGGUGAAAGUGGCUAUAUGAGGAUUCAGAGAGAUAUUCAUUCGUCUAAGGGCCUCUGCGGCAUUGCUAGAGAGCCUUCCUAUCCAGUGGCAUGAUUAGGCACGUCGACCCUCGGGUGCCCUUAUAAGUUAAUACUCGCUCUUGAUUGGCCUCAAGUGUUCUUUGCUGUGAUAUGAUCGUGUCCUAUGGCUGUUUACAUAAAGCUGUCAGGUUAACUAUAUAAAAUUGGGCUUCUUCUUAAUGUAUUGAAUCCCAUAUAAUAUUGUAAGUACGAAGAUAAUCUAUAUGUUCUACGAUCCUGGCUUUGAACAGUUA